AUGCCUCGAAGGAAGACCACCACGUUCGGGACGUCGGACAGCCCGACCAAGCAGCCACUGGACGGGCUCUUCACCAACGGUCAAUGGUACUGCAAUUGCCAACCCCGCCUGCCCGCGAUCCAAUUCCAGGUCAAGAAGAAGACCAAAAACAAGGGCCGCUGGUUCUACACCUGCCAGGUCGACAAGACAAAGGGCAAGACGGGCGAGCCCCAGAACUGCGGCUUCUUUCUUUGGGCAGAAAAUGCGCGCCAACGCGAGGAGGGUGCCGUACUCGGCAACUCGACCACCGAACCCGGCGGUACCCAAGCCGGCAGCCUUCGGACCCCAAAGAAGCUCGUACAGACAACACUGAGCGCCAGCGUAACCCCUCGCGAAGAAGGGCCGCGGCACUGGACACAUCGAACCGAUGUCACGCCCAUUGCGGAGCUGGAGAAACAAAUCGGCGGCGGCACCAGUGCUGGCACUGGUGACACAGCACAGAGCAGCAGAACCCUGCAGCAGGGUACGGCUGCGAGCGGCAGUAAGACUACCGCGAGCUCGCGAACGCUGGACCACGACUUUAACGAGAGCGAUCUCGAUACAGAUGACGAGGGGGUGAACAUGAUUGCGGAGUCGGCGAGCAAAGCUGCAAGCCUGCCUGGUAAGACGCCAACCGCACAGGACCAGACGCCAUCAGCAGCGAUGGGCUCGAAGCGAAAGCGACCCAUCUUUGGCGAGGAUAACGAUGAUUUGUUUGGGGAGACGGACUCCGAUGAGGAGCGGCAGCUAGCCGCUAUCACGGAUUCCUCUAGUCAGGGUCGCGAGCGCACGAGGCAUGCAUUCACAACGCCGGCGGCGCGCAGAUCGACUGACAUUGCGGCCGGGAUGCCGACACCGUCGCUCACGGACAAGCCGGUCAGGCGCGUAUUGUUCGCAGACUCUGAGACACCGGCCAACAUUGGCACCCACAAGCGACAACGCGUAGACGAUUCCGGAGGGUACGCCAAUGUAGGUGUCCCGUCUACGCCGUCGUCAUCACAGGACGCUGCCAUGCCUUCCUCAUCUCCAAACACGCCUGGGACACCAGGCGCCUCUCUUGGAAAUAUCACUGGGGAGAUCAUGGAGUUGCUGAAAGGUCAAGCUGUUGACGAGAAGGUGUUACGGCAGGUGAAGAUGGCGCUGGAGAAGUACGCAGCAAAGGCGAAAGGCAUCGAGCUCGGGAGGGAUGCCAGCCGGAAGGCGGUCAAGAACGCCGAUGCACGAAUCGCGCAGCUGCAGAUGCGGGUCGCAGAUCUGGAGAACAAGAGGAAGCUCGACGCGGAUGCGAGAAGGAAGAUGAAGGCCGGGUUGAUGGAGCUGUACACCGGGAACUAG